GCAAGCCCAGGUAGCUCAGGAAGCAGGGUACUAAUUAUUCGCAGAGGAAAGCCAGGUAUACAGUUACCGCGCUACAGCUGAAAGUCAGGAGGUCAAAACUUGCACGGAAACCAGGUCCGCUUGCUUUAAAACAGCUUGGCUCCUUUCGGGGGAGUUCAUAACUUUCUGGAAAUGGGAGAGAAUGACCCUGGUGCACCGAGUCCAGCCCAGCAAGAUAAAAAGAUGGCCUAUCACAAAGUGAACGCAGACCAGAGGGCACAGGGGCACUCUCCAUACCUUGACAACGAUGAGCUCCAAGCCACAGCGCUGGAACUGGAAUGGGACAUGGAAAAAGAGCUGGAGGAGCCCGGCUUUGACCAUUUCCGACUUGAUGGUGCAGCCCAGCAUCACCUGGGGAACUCACAGAGCCCUGACCUUGAUCUCGAGCCCAUCCAGGCUUCAUCUUCUCCCAAGGGAAGAUUCCAGAGGCUUCAGGAAGACCCUGAGUACAUCUCCCACUACACGAGACAGGCACCAAAGAGCAACCGCUGCAGUUUUGUUCGGAUACUGAAAGUAUUUUGCACUGCCUUGAUUUUAUUUAUUUUUGGAAUCGUGAUAGGAUAUUAUGCACACAAGAAAUGCCCUUCUCCCCCAGCAUCUCAAGAACCAAAUAAUCCUCAUAUCUACCAUGAAAUUCUCAAGGAAAUCAAAGCUGAAAAUAUUCAGCAGAUUUACAGGGAUUUGUUACAGUUCCCUAGGGAAGAUGAUGUAGACAUUGCGAUGAAAAUUCUGGUUCAGUGGCGUUCCCGAGGCCUGGAAGAUGUCCAGCUGGUGAAUUACUCUGUUCUGCUUGACCUGCCAGGCUCUUCUUCAAACACAGUAACUCUGAAAAGCAGUGGUGAAUGCUUUUAUCCCAGUGGUCAACAGUGCAGCAGAGACCCCAAAACACUUCUCAGCCAAGACCUCCUGUACUCAUACGCAGCUUACUCUGCCAAAGGAACUCUCGAGGCAGAGCUUGUUGAUGUGCAGUACGGGACCACGCAAGACCUGAUCCGGAUUCAAGCCAUUACAAACGUGACCAAAAAAAUUGCACUUUUGAAGCUAGGACAAUCACCUUUGCUUUAUAAGCUUUCCCUGCUGGAAGAUGCAGGCUUUGGUGGUGUUCUCCUUUACGCUGACCCUUGUGACUUGCCAAAGACCGCAGAGCUUGCUGAUAAAGCUUUUAUGGUUUCCUUGAACAGUGGAGGAGAUCCAUCAACACCUGGCUAUGCCAGCAUUG